AAACUGAAGAUGAAGGUCUGGCUACUUGGUUUGGGGCUUGCCCUGCUCUGCAGCGUCCAUGCCCAAAUCGAAUGUUCUGGAAAUGAGAGGCUGAUAGAAGGGACAUGGCACGUGAUUGCCUUAGCAAGCAACUGCGACCAUUUUUUGAAAAAUAAGGAUUCAAUGAAGAUGGUGACUGCCUCGCUGAGCAUCACAGGGGAAGGGAAAUUCAGAGUCACCUCUAACUUCCCCACGCCAAAUGGAUGCAAGAAGGUUGUAAUGGACUUUCAGCAAACUGAAAAUGGAAUGUAUACCCGCACAUCUGAUAUGGGUAAGGAAACCAUUGAAAUUGUGAAGUCAAACUGUAAAGACUAUGCCAUUUCCUCUGUGAAGAUAGAAAGGGGUGACAAGACCUCAACUCAUGUGGUACUUUAUUCGAAGGACCGUGAGGUGAGUCAAGAGAUUGCGCAAGAAUUCAAAGCAGUUGUUGAGAGCAAAGGCUUGACGAGUGAUCAAACAGUCUUCUUCCCCCCUGAAGUGGCCUGUGAAAAUGUGGAAUAAGAGGAAGAGGUGGCUGCUGCUGAUUCACCAGAAGAUUCCAGCAAUAACUUGGGAAAAGUUCUUUCCGGUGCUCUGUUCUUUCCUGUUUUGACCUU